AUGUAUGUGAGACAAUGGCAUUAUGUUGAGACCACGCCAUCUGGUCAACCAAUCUUGCGGGAAAACGAAAAAGAUGUAUAUGUGGAGCAUUCGGUAGGGUUAUAUCAAGGAAAAUCUAAAGUGAAAGCAAAGCAAAAGGGGAGAGCAUACUUGACAUCUCAGAGAUUAAUAUAUAUUGACGACGUCUCACCAACUAGUGAUUCUGUCUCAUUGGAAUUAGACGAUAUAUCUGGGGUUGAAUACUCUUCGAAAUUCUUGAAAAAAUCGGCCAAGCUGAUCAUCUUCUUGAAAGAACAGGAUAAUGAUUCUACAUGCAAUGUACAGGAGCCCAAACCAAUUAAAUCACAAUGGAUUUGUCCGAUCUGUAUGAUGGGGAAUGAAACAAAUGGCGAAAUAGAUGGUUCACAUCUCCCGCUUCCAGCGUGUAUGAACUGCGGAAUAAGCCCAGAUUAUGAAAUGAUCAAAAACUCCAUUUCAACUUUGCAGGAUAAUAACGACAACAAGGCUCCAUCAGAUAACAGCGAUAAUGUCUGCCCGGCAUGCACUUUUAUUAACCACUCUUUGAUGAGUAAUUGCGAAAUAUGUGGCACGAGACUACCAGCUGCACUUUCAAAUUCUGGGUCUCAAAGUUUCAUCGAUUCAAGGUUGAAAAUUGAACUAGAGGGCAGUGAUGGGCUGACAGAAGGUGAAAAAUGCUAUAUACAGCUAAGUUUUCGGAAAUCUGAUGGUGUGCUUCUUUACCAGUCAAUGGAUAAAGUUUUAAAAGAAAAAGAAAGGGAGAAGACGUUGAAUGUCUUUAACAAGGGUGCGUCCAGUAUAAAUGGUGUUGAAGUUGAGCGAUUGAAAUCAGAUUUCACUUUGGUUGAAAAUAAGAUGAGUCAGGUUGGAAUAGCUGGCUUGGAAAAAACGCAAGAAAACCAACUCAUCAGAAAUGACAUACUAAUGAAUAAUGCAUUAUCUGAUCUAAAUAACUUAAUGGCUCUUGCUUCCGAUAUCGAAAAACUUUAUGGAGCUGCAAAUAAACCAGAGGAUAAGAAUAAAACACCGCUUCUGAUUAUUGACCGGGAAAAAUUCUUGAACAAGUCACAAUUCAUCGAUGAAAUUGCCAGAGAAAUAUACGGCUUCAUAAUGUCGGAGUUCAAAGAACAAAAGGAAAAAGAUGGCGUUAUUCUCAUUACCCUAGUGGAUAUUUAUGCGUUAUACAACAAGUCAAUGCGCAUCGGAACCGGUCUUAUUUCUCCUCAGGAACUACGGGAGGCUUGCGAGAAAUUCGAAAAACUUGGAUUGAAUGAGCUACGACUUAUAAGGAUCAAUGGUCGCGUGUUAUGCAUAUCUUCCGGGAACUCCUUUGAGUUUGUCAAGACCAAAAUUAUCGAAAUCGUGAGCUUCUCACCUGGCGCGGAUCUGUUGAGAUUGACGCAAAGUCUAAAUGAAAACAAUUCAAAUUCUUGGACAAUGGGAAUUAUAAUGGAAGUAUUGCAAAAUUGUGUAAACGAAGGGGAUCUAUUGAUAGACGAGCAAAUUAGCGGCAUUCACUACUACAUGAAUUCCGAUUGGAAAAUCUAG